AUUAAAACUGGUCUUGAUUUUCUUUGCUUUCUUUGGCAGGUGACAUCACACAGAAGGGCUAUGAAAAGAAGAGAUCAAAAUUAAUUGGGGCCUACUUGCCACAACCUCCAGCGGCGAAUGGAGCUGCUGCGGUACGGUGUAGACUACAGCACAGUGAAGGGCCAGCAAGAAGGAUGCACCGCACUAGCAACAUUGGGGUCUGUGACAUCCGGGAAGCAGCAGCUAGAGAGCGCUCAGCACCGCACAGCACAGCAGCAAACCGUCCCCUCUUUUACUUUCGUUUUGGAGUGGAUCAAGCACUGCCACAAGAACGCCGAACACCAGUAACUCCAUCCUCUUCCUCUCGAUACCAUCGCCGCAGAUCCUCAGGGUCACGAGAUGAGCGCUAUCGGUCAGAUGUCCACACAGAAGCAGUCCAGGCAGCCCUUGCAAAACAUAAAGAACGGAAGAUGGCAGUACCUAUGCCAUCCAAGAGACGUUCGCUGGUGGUGCAAACAUCAAUGGAUGCCUACACCCCUCCAGAUACCUCCUCUGGUUCGGAAGAUGAAGGUUCUGUGCAGGGCGAUUCACAGGGAACGCCAACCUCAAGCCAAGGGAGUAUAAAUAUGGAGCACUGGAUCAGCCAAGCCAUCCAUGGCUCAACCACAUCUACCACUUCUUCAUCCUCAACACAAAGUGGUGGCAGUGGGGCUGCACAUAGGCUAGCUGAUGUUAUGUCUCAAACACAUAUAGAAAAUCAUUCGGCCCCUCCAGAUGUUACCACUUACACCUCCGAACACUCAAUACAAGUAGAAAGACCACAAGGUUCAACAUCAAGAGCAGCUCCAAAAUAUGGAAAUGCUGAACUUAUGGAAACUGGUGAUGGAGUUCCAGUAAGCAGCAGAGUAUCUGCAAAAAUUCAACAACUGGUCAAUACCCUAAAACGACCCAAGCGUCCACCAUUACGAGAGUUCUUUGUGGAUGACUUUGAAGAACUAUUAGAAGUUCAACAACCAGAUCCAAAUCAACCAAAGCCAGAAGGAGCUCAGAUGUUGGCGAUGCGUGGGGAACAGCUGGGCGUGGUUACGAAUUGGCCUCCUUCACUUGAAGCAGCACUGCAACGAUGGGGAACAAUUUCUCCUAAAGCUCCUUGUUUAACCACUAUGGAUACCAAUGGAAAACCACUGUAUAUUCUCACUUACGGUAAACUUUGGACCCGUAGUAUGAAAGUUGCUUAUAAUAUACUGCAUAAAUUGGGCACAAAGCAGGAACCGAUGGUGCGGCCAGGAGACAGAGUAGCACUAGUUUUUCCCAAUAAUGAUCCUGCAGCUUUUAUGGUAGCAUUUUAUGGCUGCCUUCUUGCAGAAGUUGUUCCUGUUCCUAUUGAAGUGCCACUUACCAGAAAGGAUGCAGGUAGCCAACAGAUCGGCUUCUUGCUUGGAAGCUGUGGUGUUACUGUAGCCUUGACUAGUGAUGCAUGCCAUAAAGGGCUACCUAAAAGCCCUACAGGGGAGAUACCACAAUUUAAAGGCUGGCCAAAACUGCUGUGGUUUGUGACAGAAUCAAAACACCUUUCGAAACCUCCUCGAGACUGGUUCCCCCACAUCAAAGAUGCAAACAAUGACACAGCUUAUAUUGAGUACAAAACAUGUAAGGAUGGAAGUGUUCUUGGCGUGACAGUGACAAGGAUUGCAUUACUGACCCAUUGUCAAGCGCUCACCCAGGCAUGUGGAUACACAGAAGCUGAAACCAUUGUGAAUGUCCUGGAUUUCAAGAAAGAUGUGGGUUUAUGGCAUGGCAUCCUUACAAGUGUUAUGAACAUGAUGCAUGUGAUAAGCAUCCCUUAUUCCUUAAUGAAAGUGAACCCGCUUUCAUGGAUACAGAAGGUGUGCCAGUACAAAGCAAAAGUAGCUUGUGUAAAAUCGAGAGAUAUGCACUGGGCAUUAGUAGCACACAGAGAUCAACGUGAUAUCAACCUCUCUUCACUUAGAAUGUUGAUAGUGGCUGAUGGCGCUAAUCCAUGGUCUAUUUCUUCAUGUGAUGCAUUUCUUAAUGUAUUCCAAAGUAAAGGCCUAAGACAAGAAGUCAUCUGUCCUUGUGCUAGUUCACCAGAGGCUCUCACAGUGGCUAUUAGAAGGCCAACAGAUGACAGCAACCAGCCACCUGGUAGGGGAGUAUUAUCCAUGCAUGGGCUUACUUAUGGAGUAAUCAGAGUGGAUUCUGAAGAAAAACUUUCUGUUCUAACAGUGCAAGAUGUUGGUUUGGUAAUGCCUGGAGCCAUAAUGUGUGCCGUAAAGCCAGAUGGAGUUCCUCAACUCUGCCGAACAGAUGAAGUUGGUGAACUCUGUGUAUGUGCUAUUGCAACAGGUACAUCUUACUAUGGACUCUCUGGAAUGACCAAAAAUACAUUUGAGGUGUUCCCUAUGACUACUUUAGGUGCCCCCAUAAGCGAAUAUCCCUUUAUAAGAACCGGACUUCUUGGGUUCAUUGGCCCUGGAGGACUUGUUUUUGUGGUUGGUAAAAUGGAUGGUCUGAUGGUUGUCAGCGGGAGGAGACACAAUGCAGAUGACAUUGUAGCUACAGCUUUGGCAGUGGAACCCAUGAAGUUUGUCUACAGGGGAAGGAUAGCAGUGUUUUCAGUGAGUGUCCUUCAUGAUGAACGAAUAGUAAUUGUGGCUGAACAGAGGCCGGAUUCUACAGAAGAAGACAGCUUUCAGUGGAUGAGCAGAGUCCUGCAGGCUAUAGACAGUAUUCAUCAAGUAGGAGUUUACUGCCUAGCCUUGGUACCAGCAAACACACUCCCAAAGACUCCUCUGGGUGGAAUCCACUUAUCAGAAACAAAACAGCUCUUCCUUGAAGGAGCAUUGCAUCCCUGUAAUGUACUGAUGUGUCCACACACCUGUGUAACAAACCUGCCUAAACCAAGACAGAAACAACCAGAAAUUGGUCCUGCCUCUGUGAUGGUGGGGAAUCUGGUCUCUGGAAAAAGGAUUGCACAGGCAAGCGGCAGAGAUUUGGGACAAAUAGAAGAUAAUGAUCAAGCUAGAAAGUUCUUAUUCCUCUCAGAAGUCCUACAGUGGAGGGCACAGACAACUCCUGACCAUGUACUUUAUACACUACUAAACUGUAGGGGGACAAUUGCAAACUCUCUCACCUGUGUCCAGCUACAUAAACGAGCUGAAAAGAUAGCAGUAAUGUUGAUGGAAAGGGGUCAUUUGCAAGAUGGUGAUCAUGUUGCUUUAGUCUACCCACCAGGCAUAGAUCUGAUUGCUGCAUUUUAUGGAUGUUUAUAUGCUGGCUGUGUGCCAAUAACAGUUCGGCCUCCCCAUCCACAAAACAUUGCAACAACCUUACCCACGGUGAAGAUGAUUGUGGAGGUGAGUCGCUCUGCUUGUUUAAUGACAACACAAUUAAUAUGUAAAUUAUUACGGUCCCGGGAGGCAGCAGCAGCAGUCGAUGUCAGAACAUGGCCACCUAUAUUAGACACAGAUGAUUUGCCAAAGAAACGGCCUCCUCAGAUCUUCAAACCUUCUAAUCCUGACAUGUUAGCUUAUCUCGAUUUCAGUGUAUCUACAACUGGAAUGUUAGCAGGGGUGAAGAUGUCUCAUGCAGCCACUAGUGCCUUUUGUCGUUCUAUUAAGCUGCAGUGUGAACUCUAUCCUUCUAGAGAAGUUGCAAUUUGUUUGGAUCCCUACUGUGGACUGGGGUUUGUCCUUUGGUGCCUCUGUAGCGUUUAUUCAGGACACCAGUCUAUUUUAAUUCCUCCCUCAGAAUUGGAAACUACACCUGCUCUAUGGCUUCUGGCUGUGAGCCAGUACAAAGUAAGAGAUACCUUUUGUUCCUACUCAGUUAUGGAACUUUGCACCAAGGGCCUUGGUUCACAAACAGAAUCUUUGAAGGCAAGAGGACUGGACCUGUCAAGGGUGCGGACAUGUGUGGUUGUGGCAGAAGAACGACCCCGAAUAGCUCUGACACAAUCUUUUUCAAAGCUUUUUAAAGAUCUGGGUCUCCAUCCCAGGGCUGUCAGCACAUCCUUUGGCUGCAGAGUUAAUUUGGCAAUAUGUUUGCAGGGAACAUCUGGGCCAGACCCAACCACUGUGUAUGUUGACAUGAGGGCUCUCAGACAUGACAGAGUGCGUUUAGUAGAAAGAGGAUCUCCCCAUAGUUUGCCUCUCAUGGAAUCAGGAAAGAUCCUCCCUGGAGUUCGUAUCAUUAUUGCUAAUCCAGAAACAAAGGGCCCCCUUGGCGACUCUCAUCUUGGAGAAAUAUGGGUUCAUAGUGCUCACAAUGCCAGCGGAUAUUUUACAAUCUAUGGCGAUGAAUCCCUACAAUCAGAUCAUUUUAACUCAAGACUGAGUUUUGGAGACACACAAACUAUCUGGGCACGAACUGGCUACCUGGGAUUCUUGAGGAGAACAGAACUUACAGAUGCAAAUGGGGAACGACAUGAUGCACUUUACGUAGUAGGUGCAUUAGAUGAAGCCAUGGAAUUGCGAGGAAUGCGGUAUCAUCCCAUAGAUAUAGAGACAUCGGUAAUUAGAGCACACAAAAGCAUUACGGAAUGCGCGGUGUUUACCUGGACAAAUUUAUUGGUCGUUGUCGUUGAACUGGAUGGAUCAGAGCAAGAAGCCUUAGACCUGGUUCCCUUGGUCACCAACGUAGUCCUGGAAGAACACUAUCUGAUUGUUGGGGUUGUGGUGGUAGUGGACGUUGGAGUCAUCCCUAUCAACUCCCGUGGAGAGAAACAGCGAAUGCACCUACGAGAUGGAUUUUUGGCAGACCAGUUAGAUCCGAUCUAUGUGGCCUAUAAUAUGUAAUCUUAUAUCUUUAAGAUUUCCCAUGGACUGGACUCUAAUGUAUAAAACGCUUUUUUUAUGUACACUAAACAAUGUACAAGUAACGGUCUUCAGAACGGAACUAUUUCUCUUAGACUUAUUGAAGCACCCAUUAUUGGCAGGACAUAAAAAAAAUGUGAAAUGUGUUUCUUUUACCACUACAUUUUAGCACAGAAGGACUUUGGGGUACUGCCUUCAGUUUGUUGGAAAGCCCAUUACUAGACUUUUUAAAAUAAGAUUAUUUUUUGCUUAUUGGGAUGAAUACUGCUUUCUAAGUAAUAGGCUUUGUAUCUUACGUUAAACUGAACUAGCUAUUUUUUUUAAAAUCUUCCCCCACCUAGCCAUUCACCCACACACGGAUAUUUUUGAACAGCUCAUGAUAUGAUUGAAUUGUUUUGGUUUGCUUCUUUUUUAAAAUGUCUGUAUAAAAACAAAGUUUUCUCACUAUGGAUCCAUUACUAAUUUUAAGCCAUUUUCUAUUCCAUCCACCUAGGAAGCUACAUUGAGGUACGAGAAAAAUACUCAGAACAGCACCUUCUCAAAUUAGAGUUUUUAACAGCUUUCUCUCCUGGAAAUGCUGAAGUUCAGAGGUAAAAAGAGCCUUUGAUUAUUAGUGUUAGAAUGAACAGAUCUUUAUAAAUAAGGUGUAUUUCGGCAAUGAACUUGCAGAUAUCUUUGUACUAAACUAAAAAGAUAAAAUAAGUUAACUACUUCUGUAAUUAUGUACAAAACCUUUAAUUUAUUUUGAUCUCUUUAGAAGUAUAAAAGAGAAACAUUCAAGAAUAUUAAACUCUUGCAAUGUUUGCUAAUAUAAAAACAAAAGGUUGUAUUAUCUUGAGUGGAUAGUAUCACAUCAAAAAUAUAUAUAUAUGAAAUAUAAAUUCACUAAUGACAAAAAAAAGAGUUUAAAGUUUUAAAAGGAUGCAGUACUCAUCACUUGCAUGGUGUCUCUUUUCCCACUGUAGAUAAUGAACAUUAUUCGCAAACGUUUAGGGGGAAAAAAAGCAGUUCUCGAUUGCUCAGUGUCCCCACCUAAAAGAAUCUUCCAUAUACCAGUAGAUACAAAUUUGCUGCUGCUUGCAAGGCAGUGAGUUGAUUUUUAAGGUCGCAAUCUUGUUGUCUUGCUCAUACUGAAGGCAGGAGAGGAAGCAGUCCCUUUAGGAGCCUGGGGUGAGGGUCCCUUGCCCCCCCCAAUUCCCCCAGCUGGCUGUUCCCCCAAUCUUGCUUUAGCUGCCCACAAGGGCCCUGCUUUCUCCUCCAUCAUCCUUUUCCUCCGAUGGUGCUGCAGUCCUCAAGAGGGAUGCCUGAAUUGGAAGGGCCCUGAAGUCUUGGCAGUUCUGUUGGGUAAGAGCCGAGGUGACAGGCUUACCCUGGCAGGACAACUAAAUCCAGGACAGAACCUGCUUAUUAUGACUCUUCCCAGAGCAGAUUGAUUUGUGGCCAAAGACCUGAACAGUGUACUGCAAAGAAUACUUUUCUUUUACCUUCGAGGUGACCAUAAAUGUUGGCAUGUAUGUUCAUACACUUCUUAGAUGUUAGAAAAGGCAGGUCUGAAAUAUAGCACUGUUUUUCCUUAGCUGCAUAAUAUUGUUGCACACUAAUUGCCAUCUUUUUCUUUUCAAGUUCAUCUUUUGUUUUUGUUAAUACUUUUUAAUGAUUUAUUUUCUUGUGGUAAAGACAAUUUUUGUUAGCUUUUUGAUGGUUAUUUUGCAUAAGGCUUUUUGUAAAAAGAAAAAAGAAAAAAAAAGAGUCUCUCUGCUGCCUGGUUUAAUUUGGGCAAGGAGAGAGUGCUGAUCCAUCUAUUUAACACUUUGUAGAAAGUUGUUGCUUUGAAAAAGUAUCUUAUUUGUUAUUGGACAAUAACCAGAAACCCUCUCUAAAUGAUUUGGCCUAGCUCAGCGCAUCCGCUAACGUUUGUCACACUGAGGGACUGAAAUUCAAAUAUUGUGAUUCAAUCCUUCCAUCUGCCAAUAGAGCAAGGAGCGAAGGGAACAAAAUCACAUAUAUACACCCCUCCCUUUCCCUCCUCCCUUCCCUCUUGCUUUUGAUUUUUGCCAUUUUUAAAUCUCUUCAGGUAAAUCUACCACCUCUUCUAUUUCUGGUUUCCUCCUUAUCUUCUUUGCUGAUUUCAUUUUCCUUUAGUAAUCCCCAGGUCAACCAAUGUUUGAUGAGAAGAUGGAAGAUUAACCAGAAGCAAGAACACCUUCUUUUAAUAUGUUUUUUUUUUUACAGGUUCGGAAUAAUUGCUUAACAUCCAUUGAAGUUUGCAUGCAUAAGAGAGUUGUAGGAUAAGCAUCACGGGAUCUUUAUAUCUCAUAUAGAAUGGAAUUAUUUUGAUCUACCUUUGCAGGUUUCAUUUGGUUCCAGUCAAUCCUGUUUUGUUUUUUUUUAAUAGAUGGGAGUACUUAAAGAUAAGGAAUGGUUUGUAACCUGCGUGUACAAUACAGAGCAUCUCAUGACUGCAACCUCUUUUUUUGCAUUUUAAGUUUCAGAUGAAUUUUUUUCCAGAUUUUCUUUGCACCUGUGAAUAUUUCUCAUGUUCCAAAGACCACUGGAUAGGAAAGAGUUCUGCCACAUUGUUCUGUGUGGGGCCAUCAAAAAUACAAUCUGUUUGUAGAAUGUCAAGUUGCUACAAGUUCUCACGACUUGAUCAUGAGCCUAAUUGCCGUGUAAGAACUAACGUGACAUCGCUGCUACUGCUGACACAAAUUCAGCUGUCGCUUUGCGACGGCCUCUCCUUUAACUUUCAGUAAGACAACUUUGCAUUCCUGGGGAAGUGUGAAGGACUGCAAUGCAGUCAUACAGCACCGUUAAUCAUUGAUCGCUUCAGCAACCUGCCGGUCGUUUCAACUCUUAAAAAUUAGGACAGUAAAUGUAAACUGAAUAUUCUAGUUUUGUCACGCAAGUGAAGAGGAAAAAAAAAACAUAUGUAACCACCAGAUUCAGCAAUAAGGAAAGAUUGCUCUGUAUUAGAAAUUGUACUGUAGAUAAACCAUUCAUGAGAAUGUAUAAACUGUUUGUCUUGUGACCUUGUGCUUUUGAAGUCAGACAAAAUCAUGUAAUCAACCUGAUGCACACCUGAAAAGAAAGAGAAAAAAUAACCCCGAACAAACAAAUGAAGGAGGAGGGUUCACAGUGAAUAUUGAAACACAAAACUAAGCAACAGGAGCAGAUUCUUCAUGGUGCUCGUUUAUUAUAUAUAUUUAAUCCUGCUUGACACUUUACCCAAGGGGAGAUUGUCCCUUUUAUCAGUUGAAUGUUAGCAGCGUUAUUUCAUAGAGUGUGGUGACUGGUUAGAGACAUCCAUGUAACUCAGCCAAUCACAGUUCCAAAAAAAAAAUUUUUAUGUGCAAACAGCAACCUUCUUGUAUGUUAAAACACCAGUACGCUUUGUACAUCUGUGAUAACGCCUGUUUUAUAUUCAAAUGAACGAAUAAAAGCUUUUAUUUUUGUU